AUCCACUUUGUAACCCACCUUGAAUUCAAAUGAUGUCUUUUAAAUUAUCAUUGCCGACAAAUAUUUGCUAACCUGUUAGUUGGACUGUACAUGUCGAACUUUUGACAGAUUAACAUAAAUGAGCGGCCUUCUACAUUCCGUAUAUUUAAAAUUGACCAGGUUACUGCUUUUUGCGUGGACACGGAAGUAAAUAACCCGGAACCAUUUCCUAAACGUUUAUUUUCAGGUGCGGGCAAUCUUCUUGCGCUACACCGUUUUGUGACCGACGAGAAACAUACAGUUUCAGUUUCGAAUAAAGUGGAACAUCGUUUUUCCCUAUUAAUCUAUUUCAUGGAUGACGACGAGGAGCACAAAGACGGUGAAGCCGCCCCGCCUUCGGUCAUCGACCGUUACUACACACGAUGGUACAAAGCCGAUAUGAAAGGAAAGCCAUGUGAGGACCACUGCAUCCUUCAACAUUCAAACAGAAUAUGCAUCAUCACUUUGGCCGAGACUCACCCGUUGCUGGAGAAAGGACGAACCAUCUCAAACAUCGAUUACAAAAUCAGUAAUGGCUGCAGUCGCUUAAACAACAAAGUGUCCGGAAAGUCCAAGCGAGGAGGUCAGUUCCUUACCGAAUUUUCUCCUCUAUGUCGGAUAACAUGCACAGACGAAACCCAAUUUACCGUCUACAGCUGCAUCAGGGGACGACUUCUGGAGGUCAAUGAGAACAUUCUGGAAAGACCUGCUCUCUUACGGGAAAAGCGCUUUGUGCACGCAGCCAUCCACGGACGGCUACAUCGCCGUCAUCUUGCCCAAGUUCGAGGAGAGCAAAAGCCUCACAGAGAACCUUCUGAGCAGAGACGACUUUGAGAAGCUCAUCGCCGGACGGCACGCUGCGCAGGCAACGGGCGUGACGCAGCCGUCAUGAUGAAGCGUCGGGUGAAACUGAAAUUAAAUCGUGGAAGAAGAGUUGCACUUCGCCUUCAGGUCAGCAUACGCGCCACUUCAUAGCGUACAAAAAUGCCUGUGAAUGACAUUGUGAAAUGGUGCCAGCCAAUUCUCGACCAAGUCUGAAAAGACGUUUAAAAACGUCUUUGGGAGUGAAUAAGUUAAAAAGAGAAAGCAAGUCUACCAAUGAGGUCCAUCUGGAAAUGGGGGAAAAAUAUCUUGGUCAUGGUUCCGGAGUCUUUUUUUUUCUCAGGUCUAAUCAUGAUGGCAAAAGCAAUUUAAGUUAUGAGUUGACUGUUUUAUAACAUACCUCACCACCAUUUACUGCCGUCAGUCCAUGGCCAAAACAAAAAAAAAAUUCCCAAUAUAAUGUUCAAAAUUGCAGUCUUCUUUUGAAGAGUUUUUGUAAAUGGGACAAAAUGACUCUAAAAGGGCCACUUUCACUCAAAAUGGCCGACUUCCUGUGUCCUUUUGGACAUGGUCUCUUGAGACUUUGUCAAUGCUCAAAUUUCACAUUGCAUCUUGUAUUGGAUCAGCUAUCCUUCGGAGUUUGUAUAUGGAAAAAUCAUGUUUACUUUAAAACAACCAACGCUGAUUUAAUAAAAAAUAUUGUUUA